ACGAGGUGUUCUAUGAGCCUCAACGGCUCUCCCCUCUUAACCUAUACCAACACAAGAUCUUUACCACAAACGCAGAACAUGCCCCCAAAACGCAAGGCCGGUGCAACAGGAGGGGCUGCAGCUGUUGCCACUACAUCCGCGGCUACGAAACGCUCUCGUCCAGCGACUCCAGCAGUCGAUGUGGACAGCAGCGAUGAGUACUCGGACGAUGAAGAGAUAGAGAAUAUAGAAGAGGGUCGAGCUAUAUCUAAGGCCGUCAACGCGUUUAGUUUAGAUUUGGCUCCCAAAGGCAGCGACGUCAUCGCUAAGAGAGAUUCAGUAUCCUACAUAUUCAGCAAGCAGGAUUUUAGCUAUCUAAAGAUGAAAUUGGAUCAUGAAUCUCGUCCACUAUGGAUUAAUCCGGAGUCUGGGGUUAUUGUGCUAGAGAGCUUCUCGCCCUUGGCAGGACAGGCGCAAGAUUUCUUGACCACGAUUGCGGAGCCCUUGUCACGACCAACCUACCUGCAUGAGUAUAAACUCACACCUCACUCGUUAUACGCGGCGGUCUCUGUGGGUUUAGACCCAAACGAUAUUAUCUCAGUCAUGGACAGGCUUUCCAAAAUCCCCGUGCCCCCAAAGAUUAUCGACUUUAUCAAGAAGUGCACUAGCUCGUACGGGAAGGUUAAAUUGGUCCUUAAGGAAAACAGGUACUUUGUAGAAAGCUCCGAUCCAGCCAUGUUACAGAGACUACUACAGGAUCCAGUUAUUGGACCAUUGAGGGUUCAAAGUGAAGGUGGAUCGGGCAUUACAAAGGAAAAGGCACCACAAAUGGGGGCAUUAGUCAUCCCCGGCACUAGAAAUGCUGCGGGCGCAGCGAGCGUCAGUAACCCGCAAGGCGGUAGACCUGCUGAGGUUGCGGGAGACGCGGUCGAAGAUCUGUUCAAUUCGGAUGCCGUUCAUUCGUUUGAGAUUCCGGCGAAUGAUGUGGAGACCGUACAGAAGCAAUGCUUGGAUCUAGGAUACCCUGUGUUAGAAGAAUACGACUUCCGCAAUGACAGGAAGAAUGCCAACUUGGAUAUGGAUCUCAAACCCCAAGCACAGAUCCGCUCAUACCAGGAGAAGAGCUUGAGUAAAAUGUUUGGCAACGGGCGCGCAAAGAGUGGCAUCAUCGUGCUGCCUUGUGGGGCCGGAAAGACUCUAGUUGGGAUUACCGCUGCGUGCACUAUUAAGAAGAGCGUGGUUGUGCUGGCCACAUCCUCGAUGAGCGUUGUACAGUGGCGACAAGAAUUCAUCAAAUGGACAAAUAUAAACCCAGAUGCUAUUGCUAUAUUCACUUCCGAAAACAAAGAGAAGUUCCGUGGCGAUGCCGGUAUCAUUGUAUCUACCUACUCUAUGGUAACUAACUCCCGUAACCGCUCGCACGACUCUCAAAAGAUGAUGGACUUUCUCCAAUCACGGGAAUGGGGUCUUCUCAUUCUUGAUGAAGUGCACGUAGUGCCAGCCCAAAUUUUCCGUAAAGUAGUUCAUUCUAUCGCUACGCAUUCGAAGUUAGGACUCACAGCCACUCUUCUACGUGAGGACGAUAAAAUCACCGAUUUGAACUUUCUGAUCGGUCCGAAACUUUAUGAGGCAAAUUGGAUGGAGCUUGCGGAACAGGGUCACAUCGCUAAAGUCCAAUGCGCGGAAGUAUGGUGUCCAAUGACUCCAGAGUUCUACUCUGAGUAUCUCCAGGAACCGGAUGCCCGCAAGAAGGUCCUUCAUUAUAUCAUGAACCCUCGGAAGUUCCAAGCAACACAAUUCCUCAUAGAUUACCACGAAAAACGAGGCGAUAAAAUCAUUGUAUUCUCGGAUAACGUUUAUGCUCUGAGAGCUUACGCUUUGAAGCUCAAUAAAGCCUUCAUUUACGGCGAUACACCCCAACAGGAGCGUCUUCGCAUUCUCGAGAACUUCCAACUAAACGAUCAGGUAAAUACAAUCUUUCUUUCAAAAAUCGGUGAUACCUCCCUUGACCUUCCAGAGGCUACCUGCCUGAUCCAAAUCUCCUCCCACUAUGGUUCCCGGAGACAGGAGGCGCAGAGGCUGGGGCGAAUCCUCAGAGCAAAGCGCAGGAACGACGAAGGUUUCAACGCCUUCUUCUAUUCUCUCGUCUCAAAGGACACGGCGGAAAUGUACUACUCGAGCAAGCGCCAGGCCUUCCUAGUCGACCAGGGUUACGCUUUCAAAGUCAUCACGCACCUUCAAGGAAUUGAACAGUUACCGGGCCUUGCGUACGCUACCGUUGCCGAGAGGAAAGAGCUUCUCGCGGAGGUGAUGUUGCAGAACUCGGAAGCCGGGCAGCAGGAAGGCGACGACUUUGACGGGGCCAAACUGUCUUAUAACGCGGGUAGGAAGGGCGCGAGGUACCGGAGAACCACCGGGAGGCUUUCGGAACUAGCAGGUGGAGAUGACAUGGCGUACAUCGAGUACAACAGGAGCAAGAACAAGGAACUCAAAGGUAAAGGCCAGUCAAGUGCUUUCUUUAAAAAGAUGCACAGAGAGAACGAGAAGAGGCGGAAGGAACAGAAUGCUCUGAAGCAAUAGAAAUUUCCUCAUAUUUCCUCUUCUCUUUUAUUUCCUUGCUCGCACGUUUUUUCUCCCUUUAUUCUAUCCGUUUGAUGUAAGGGUGCUAGGUUGAGUUUUGAUUCCCGAUUGUGCAAACACGUUAUGUCUCUCGUAUACCAAACAAUUCAGGGCAAAUAAUGAAUGGGAUAUGGUUAGAAUGUCAACACAUGUCAAUGGGUUCUGCUAAA